AUGGUUUUCCAGCAGGAGUUUACAUCAGAAAUGACAAAAGAUAAUGAUGUUGCCUCUGGUGCAGGGUCAAACCCCCUGUUUGGAGGUUUAAAAUCGACAAAUUCCAUAUUUGGAAAGUCUAGCCACACUUGGGUAGAAGGAGAAGGCAUGCUUCAUGUUUUAUACUUCUGUAAAAAUGGUGAUGGAAGAUGGGAGAUUUCCUACAGAAACAGACAUGUUGAGACAGACACUUUCAAGCUAGAAAAGUCCAGGAAGAAACCGGCAUUUCUCCCGGCUGCAGAAGGAGAUUCCCUAGCAUUGCUGUCUGCUUAUCUUCUUAACUAUUUGAGAUUCGGGUUUGUGAACAAGUAUGUAAGCAACACCAGUGUGUUUGAGCACUCUGGGAAGCUCUACUCAGCUGCAGAGAAUCAUAUCCCUCAAGAGAUAGACAUUUUCACACUAGAAACGGGGCGAAAUUGGGAUGUGAAUGGUUCUUGGAAUAGGCCAUUUACCAGCCAUCCAAAGAGAGAUCCAUACACGGGAGAGCUAGUGAUUAUGGGGAUUCAUCCGGAAAAGCCUUACUUCGAGCUUGGAGUGAUCUCAGUUGAUGGAGAUAGACUGCUUCACAAAGUUGAUCUCGAAUUAGACAGAUGCUGCCUUUGCCACGAAAUAGGAAUCACAACGAGGUACAAUGUGAUCAUGGAUUUUCCUCUGACCAUAAACAUAAAUCGACUGAUAAAAGGCGGGCCUCUAAUAAAGUACAAUGGGGAAGAAUAUGCAAGGAUUGGCAUCAUGCCUCGUUAUGGAGAGGCCGAUUCUGUCAAGUGGUUCAACGUGGAGCCAGGCUGCACCUUUCACAUUAUCAACUGCCACGAGCAAGAUGAUGAGGUAGUUGUCUUGGCUUGCAGGGCCCGUGACUCCAUGAUACCAGGCCCCGACUUUGGCCUUAACAAGCAUGAGUGGUUCUCAAAAGGGCUCGAGCAGACUGGUGCAGACGCCCCAUUUCUUUCGCGUGUUUAUGAGUGGAGGCUCAACAUGCUCACGGGAAACGUGGUGGCAGAGAGAAACCUCACGGGAACGGAUUACUCCAUGGAGUUCCCAAUCAUCAAUGAUAAGUAUAUUGGAAAAAUAUGCAAGUAUGGCUACACACAGGUUGUCUGCUCAAAGGCCAGCUCCAUGGCAGGCACACCAAAAUAUGGAGGGCUGGCCAAACUUCACCUACAAGAGAGGGAACAAUGUGAUGGGCAGAUCAAGGUCGAGCACCACAAGCUCCCGAGGAACACCUUCUGCACGGGUGCUGCUUUCGUGGCUAAAAGGGGUGGUGUAGACGAGGAUGAUGGAUGGAUCAUUGCAUACGUACAUAACGAAGACAGGAACACAUCUCAUGUGUACGUCGUUGAUGCCAAGAAUUUCUGCAACGAGCCGGUUGCUGUAAUCGAUCUUCCAACAAGAGUGCCCUAUGGAUUUCAUGGAGCUUUUGUACCAUUUGACUAUGAAGAAACACUAUAUGAGAGAUUAGGAUAA